AUGGAUGCUGAUGAAAGUUUGAUGAUGCAGGGCCUGGGGGAGGCUUGGGAGGGCCAAAUGGUGGUGUUGCAGGCUGUUUGCAGAGGAUCUGCAGGAUGGGUGGUCAGUCUUGCCAAUCCUGAACAAGUAGGCUUUGUUGUAUCCAUGGCCAAGCUUCAGCUGAUAGAAGGCACUGGCAGUCUCUCUCCUGGUCCCAGGGGGAAUCCUCAGUCUCUUGCCAAUCCUCCAGCUGUACUGGGCAGCAUAGGUGGAAGGAUUGCGGUAUCACCAGAGCUUUUGAGUAUGCUGCCACAGUGGCCUCCCCCUCCCAGGAGAUCAGGAUCCAUGUAGACAACCAAGCAGCCAUCUACAGACUGCAGACCCCCUCUAACAAGCCUGGCCAGGCAUGGCAGCUCAGAUGCAUCCAGGCAGCACAGCAGAUUGUCAGCAAAGGAGCCACUGUCUCCAUCCACUGAGUU